CGACAAAAUCAACAGUGCAGCUUCAACUACCAACCGCGUCGUACGUUGAUCGUGCGGAGAAAUAUCGAUCUAGGUAUCACGGUUCACUGGUGAUCUAUACACUGUGAUUCGUGUUCCUCGCGAAUGGAAAGGUGUUUUCGAUCGAUACUUCUUUCCAGAAUUCUUUGGCUGUCAUGUAACGUGUCUCAAUAUGCUAUUUGAGCGUAAAACAUACUCGAGUGUCUCGUUCAAAUUUUAGCAGAAUUCACGUAGUUAACGUAGAUCAUUAACUCGACCAUCACGAUGACUACCGAAAAGGAGGAGAAAGCGAAGAAGAUGACGUAUCCCAAGUCGAUAUUUUUUAUCGUGUCCAAUGAAUUCUGCGAGAGAUUCUCUUUCUAUGGAAUGCGUACUGUACUGACGCUUUAUCUAAGGAACCAAUUAAAAUACGACGAUAACACAUCUACCGUCAUAUACCAUGUGUUCACGAUGUUCGUAUACUUUUUCCCUAUAUUCGGAGCGAUGCUGGCGGAUUCCUUAAUGGGAAAAUUUCACACCAUCUUAUACUUGAGUAUCAUUUAUGCUCUAGGCCAACUUCUGCUAUCUCUAAGCGCUGCGCCCCCGUUAGGUAUACCUGCCAGAGAAUUUUCAUUGCUUGGUCUACUCCUUAUAGCCCUUGGCACAGGCGGUAUAAAACCUUGCGUGGCUGCAUUCGGCGGCGAUCAAUUCAUACUACCGCUACAGGAACGAUACUUGUCCACAUUCUUCUCCCUGUUUUACUUUUCUAUCAACUUUGGAUCUCUGAUCUCGAGCUUCCUCACGCCCCUGCUUCGUAGCGAUGUCACGUGUUUCGGCGAAAAUACCUGUUAUUCUCUGGCAUUUUUUGUGCCAGCCGUUCUUAUGACGUUAUCCGUCGUGAUAUUCCUCCUUGGGAAACCUUUGUACAGAAUAAUCAAGCCGACGGGCAACGUCGUUUUGAAUGUUUCCAAGUGCAUUUCUUACGCUAUCUACAAAAAGUUUACGUCAAAGAAUGAGAAAAGGGAGAAUUGGCUCGAGUAUGCGGAUGACAAGUACGAGAAAUCACUGAUAAACGAUAUUAAAGCGGCUCUGCAGGUGAUGAAAUUGUUUAUUCCGAUACCGAUAUUUUGGGCGCUUUUCGAUCAGCAAGGCUCUCGAUGGACGUUUCAAGCGACCCGAAUGGACGGCGAAAUCGGAAAUUUCCUGCUUCAACCAGAUCAGAUGCAAGUGUUCAAUCCUUUUUUGGUGCUCGCCUUCAUACCUUUGUUCGAGACUUGUCUCUAUCCUCUUAUGAGGAAGAUCGGCUUACGAACUCCGCUGAGAAUCUUGUCUAUCGGCGGUUUCUUAGCUUCUUUGUCGUUCGUAGUAGCGGCCCUGGUUCAAUAUCAGCUCGAGAAAACGUUUCCGGUUUUGCCUUCGAAAAAUUUCGCACAAUUGCGCCUUUUCAAUACUCUGGAUUGUAACGUAACUAUAACGACGCAUAAUCCUGAAUUAUCUUUUGUCCUCGAAAGUAUGAACAUGUGGGAGGACAAAUAUGUCAAAGCGAAUGGCGAAGCAAAAUGGAGUUAUACGGCAGAUUUUUCAAAAUGCAAUAGAGCCGAUAUCACGAAAUUCAAUGAAUCGGCUGGAACGAUCCUGUUACCCGAAGACAGUGCGACUUCUUACGUUGUAACGCAGCAAAAUGAACUUUAUCGUUACACGGAUUCGGUGGAUAAAUCGAUCUCUGGCGCACCUUUGAUACGUGGACUCGUCUACGUAAAUUCAUCACGGGAGCCUGUAUCUCUGAAAUUUACGAAGGGCGACGCGACAGUCUUUGAAUUCAAGAUAAACAGUAUUUCGCUUCAGGAAACCAGUCUAGCUGAACUCAAACCUGACACAUACGAUAUUUAUUUGAAUGGUAUAUUAGUAAAAAAAGACGUACGUCUGAGACUUGGCGGAGUUUAUACGGUGGUCGGAUCUGUUAUCGGAGAAGAAGCAAUGGCUAACGUCGUAACUGUAACCGAACCAAAUUCCAUGCAUAUAUUGUGGUUGAUUCCUCAAUAUGUUAUUAUCACGAUGGGUGAAGUCAUGUUCUCGGUGACCGGCUUAGAAUUUGCAUUCACGCAAGCCCCUGCCAGUAUGAAGUCUCUUCUACAGGCUUCUUGGCUAUUGACAGUAGCUUUUGGUAAUCUCAUCGUAGUCAUUGUGGCGGAAAUCUCGAUUUUCGAUCGUCAGGUUUAUGAAUUCCUUUUGUUCGCGGGAUUGAUGUUCAUCGAUAUAAUUAUUUUCGCUGUAAUGGCGAAAUUUUACAAGUACGUAGACGAAGACGAAAUUACCGAAGAAACCAUUCAUAUGAGCCAAGAAACUGGAGCGUUUAAUGCGUCUUAUCAUCAAGAUGAGAAGUGAUCUAUCGUUGUGACACUACGUGUACACUUUACGCUUUACGGCUUCUGCGUCCCAAGUACUUGCGAGUAAGUACAUACAUGUAUGUAUACACACGUGUGCGUGUAUAUGUAACUGCGGCGUUUUAGGACAAUUACGUUGCGAAUUCAAACUUAACAUCGUGAACGUUUUCUUAGUCUCUAAAAUCUAAAAUAUGCAUCGAUCGCAAGAUUUGUACAUAAUCACUGUGAACGGCGCAUAUUUUUCAUGUCUAUUUGAUGUGUUACCUCGAUACCUCAAAGGUAAGAGAACGUUUUUCUGAAAAAUAGAAAGAAAAUUUCAGAUCACGAGUUCGCAAAUUGUUUUUUAUAAAAUACGAAAAGUACAAUGAACGAAUAAUUCUUUUGUAUCGUUUUCGCGUAUAAUAAACUACUUAUUCAACUAAUUCCAAUAAUUUCUUUACGUAAGCGAUAGAAAAUUCUAAUUUUUAUAUUCGUAGAAACGAAAUGGAGCUUUAUAUGACGUAAAAGGUAACGAUGUUUUAUCAAAGGUAGCUAUUAAUUAGCCGAACGUAUUAGCCUAUGUCGCUUAUAGUAUUUAUUAUACCGCAAAGUUUCGUAUCUCAAGUUUCAAGAUAGCACGAAAAUCUACUAUAUGCAAAUAUUCGUAUCAUAUUUUCUGCGCGACUUAUUUUCGCGACACUUGUAAUCGCGUGAAACUUGUACAUAAACGUAUGAAUAAAUGUACAUAUUUUUCUAAACAUUCGAUUAUCAUUUGAUAACGAUUUAUCCGUUACUUUAUUCUAUUCUCUGAAACAAUUCUUUACUCCUCGUAAUUUGACAUAUUGCGUAAAUCGUUAUUUUUAUUUCUUUCGCGCAUCGAAGAAAAAAUUGGCAAUUCCUUAUAAAAUAAACAAUUUAUUUAGUAAAAUAAUAAUACAUCAUUUGUUAUUUGUAUUUUACACCACCUUUUUAAUUAAUGGAAGGACAAAAAUAAUAAUGAUAACGAUAUAAUAUACGAAACAUAUCGCGAACAUGAAUCGCAAUGUUUUCAUUGCAUUUCUAUGCUACAGCUCACAAUACGUACAAUCACGCUACAAAUCACUAUAUAAUAGUCUAUUUGUACACAGAUUGUCCUUUCAUAGUGUCCUUUCUAUAAAAUUUAACGAAUUUACAUAGUCGACGAUGCAGUGCUGUAAAGGCAUUGAAAGGCUAACGAUAAAUUCAUGCUGUUGCGUUAAUUAAUUUUCGAUCUACGAUCGAAUGUCAUUAAACGGACGAAUCUGUAGGAGAUGUUUCGUCUUUUCUUGUAUUAUAUGAUACAUAUACAUGUAACGGGGAUGUAAAUAGUAACUCUGAGUAAAAUUACAUAGUCGGCGCUAAUUACACGUAGUGCUUAAAAUUUGCCAAAAUAAAUAGUCAUUUCUAUAUCUUGUGUUGGGUACGAUAAUAGGCUCUUUUAUCUUAAAACUGUUUUAAGAUCAACAGUAUUAUAGGUAUCAUAGAAAAAUAAAAUACGUAUUAUCACUGCUUCAAGCCAAUAAAUUAUAUAUGUGUAUAUAUAUAUAGAGCAUUGUAUAAUAGCCAAUAUUAAAGGAACGACUUCUUCGUAACAAAUAUAUAAUAUAUGUACAGAAUUUUCAUUUAGGUGAUAUAAAUCACAGGAGUAAUGCCAAAAGCAACAGCACAUGCAAAAUGCAAGUUGUUCUAUCAUUUUCGUCGUUACUUUAUACGCGCGCGCGCGCGCACGAAAUGUGCUAAACGUUGGUACAACUAUGUUAACAGAAAAUGUUACAUACUUUUAUACUUCGAGUCAUGAAUUACAAUAAACAUGAAGUAAAAUAAACUUUCUGUGUACUACGAUACACGAAUUUCUUUCGAUUAUUGUAACGUUAAAUAUUUUUUUUUGCCUUGAGAAAAUAUCAAACUUAAUGUAGUUACACGUUAUAUGUAUGUAUGUAUGUAUGUACGUAUGUAUGUAUAUAUGUAUAUAUUUUUACGAACGUUGUUGUUAACAACUGAAUCCCAAACGUACCAUCAACAGCCACGAUAAUUCCAUAAGCCUGAACCGAAAUUCUGAUUUAGGAACGUAUAUCUACUUUUAAGUUAUUACCAGACACUUUUAAAUUAUAGAGGAAUAAUAAAUUUCUUCGGUGGACGAACAGUGGUUAUCGAUACGUGGAGAAAGAAAGAGUUGGCGAAAACAUGCGAUAAACGUUAUUACUAUAUUGAAAAAUUAUAAUCAGGUAUAAAGUGAUAUUAGAUGUUAUACGUAGUAUGUAAUCUCCAAUCCGUACUCUAUGUUGCAAGUCUAACGGUGAGUAGAAAAAUAAUGUCAAUCAUAUGGCUAACCGUACUUGCUAUGAAAGUACAAACUAUAGUACAUCAUGGAGUUAAAAAAUAUGUGUUUUCAAAUAAACACGAUAGUUUUUAACGACGUAGAAUGUCCAUCGUUUCACGUGGUAAACUCUUUCACAAACCGCAAAAAUGGUCUCGUGUCAGAUCUUUUGGUUAAUUUUCUAUCUCGACUUCCCGCGUCGUACAAAUGUUAAAGUUGCGUACAUUCGAUAUAUAGAUAAAUGUUUCCGAUAUGGUACGUUAACAGUGAGCUAAGCACCAGAAAAAAUACUUAAAUCAAAUAUAUUUGGAAUUUAGUCAAACUAUAUAUGGUCCUCUUCUUUGUUAGUUCGUGCUGGUGUCGCCGGUGUUGGAUCGUCAUGGAAUAACGGAUUCUUCACUUCCAUUUCACCAGUCUUAACAAAAACACAUUGGCGAUGUAACAUCGUUAUACUUCUGAUUCUGGCGAUCUAACUGAGUAUAAGUGUAACUUACAGAAGCCAGUCCUGGGCAUUCGUAAACAGUGUAGUCUCCUUCCUCGUUUUCCUCCUCGCUCUCUGCUUCGGAUACAGAGCCUGGGUCUCUGGUUGCAGAAACACGACUACACAAAUCAUUAUCCAAACAAUACUCUCUCUCUAAUUAGAAUAAAACUUUUAAAAACCGCUUUGACACUUGCAAAAGUUGGACAAAAAUUCUCACCGAGCAUUUCCUAUACCCAUUUUCUUUUAAAGAUCGCAAUAAAUCGAAAACACGAAACAAGGAUAGUCGUUGCUUCAAAUGCGUUAUUUAAAUGACUUACUUUUCCAUAGCGAUGAUUUGUUGUUUCUGAUGUUGGAAGUGAUACAUCUGGGCAGACUGCGCGAGUCUUUGGUCUCCGGAUGGUGAUAUCUCUUUAUUUGGACCAGUUACACCGUAAGCUGGAUAUUCUAUAUCAGCAGCCGCUUUAGCACCCCGUUUUAACCUGAUUUUUUUUUAUUUAAAAAUCAAACGAUAACGUUAAGUAAACAGUUUACGAAAUCAUUUGUACGAUCGUUUAUUAACGUGAAAUAUUAUUUAUUAUACUACCUGCACCAUGUCAAAGCGAUUAAUACGAGAGCAAACAUCGCCGCUGCGCUGCAGCCAGCAACGAUAGCUAGAAGGAAACGGGGCAAGUUUGGCAUUUCGCAUAAUUCCAAGCGAUAAAGAGAAUCCAUCGACUUACCGAUAAAAUAUAUAUCGUUAUUCAAAUCCUGGUUUACAGGUACGAACAUCGGGUUAUACUCCAUACGUCGUUCCAACUCCGGUAUCACGAUCACCGACGUAUCCUUAAAUUUCGACUCCGUGUUUCUCGCCUUCUCCUGUUGCAUCACGUGUCCUGUUCCGAUCGCUGUAUUCUCUCGUUCCCACUUCGUAUUAUUUCUCAUCGAUUGCUCAAAAUCCGAGUUAUCUUUGUUAUCU